AUGCCGCCACUGACGCUCGAGCAGGUGCUGGCGCGGUCCAUGCGGUUGCCCCCUCAGCGUGCUCAGCAGCAGGUCGCACGCCUCUACAAGAGACACGAGUCAGCUGAACUUGCCGGCAGUCUGGGAGAAGCUACUUCGACCGCGAUGGGGAGCAGUUCAGUCGGUUCAGCUGUACCCAGCAGCAGCAGGAUUGCUGCGAUGAUGGGGGGCCGACAUGUUGCAAAGCGUGGUAGCGCUCUCCGGAGCGGCGUGUCCACGACGGCGGCGAACAAGGAGAAACUGGACUUCUUUGAGCUCAUGGAGCGCGAGGAUGCGCAGCGGCGAGCCAGUCAUUUGAGUAUCCAUAGCAGCGGCCACCUUGUUCGCAAUAGUGCUGACCUCACAGCGUACCUAAAGGCGGCGCAGCGUACCGGUGACUGGGAGGGAGGCCUGCAGGCAUUUGCCGAGGCAACCGCACUGCCCGCUGUGGCGGCGAUACUGACGGCGUCAGAGGCUUCAGCAGCUGCUGUUGCCGCCUCCACUACAGGCACGUCAAUCUUGUCCACCUCGCCGCCGCCUGCGCCUUCCGGGUCUGGUGUCAACCCCAACAUGGUUCAGAUCAGCGCUAUUCUCGAGAUGUGUGCCUCGGCAGAAAAGUGGGACCUAGUAGAGAAGAUCAGCGCCUUUUUUGCGCCUGCCUACCCCGACGCCUUCAGUCGCGCGGUUGAACUCCUGGCACGACGUCCGUCGUCGGACUCGAGUGCCGGCGAGCGAAGAUGGCGCUCCGCCUUCGCUUACCUGACCACUCGCUGCCCGCUGCCCGCUGCUGAGAUUUCGGUGGAGGCGUUCAACGUGUGUCUGCGCGCCUGUGAGGCGGAGCUGGACUGGCGAGGCGCGCUGGAGGUGGUGCGAGCCAUGGGACCGAACCCGCUCCAAGGCUGGUGGGCCGCCGAAGAAGAGAGCGACAAGGUCGGCACCGCUGCGGUCGAGGCCUCGGUUUCUCGUUUAGGGACGACGUCAGACCUUACCGAGGCGGAUACGCUGUCCUCAUCACUGUCGACUGCAUCGACCCCCUCUGUACCGCCCAUGUCGACGCCGCCGUCGCCGAACGUGGUAAGUUACGCGACGCUCAUUUCAACACUGGAGCAGGGCGGCAAAGAGAGCCUUGCCUCGGCGGUGCUGAAUCGGCUGCCGGCGGUUGAGAAGGAAGAGAUUACGGCCUCGUAUGCUGCGCUGAUUAUGGUGUGGUCGAAUCAGAUUCUAUACAAGCGGCGGCGGCGCUUCUGA